AAUAUUUUGCUUUUUCAUAAAAAUUUAAAAAAUAAAGUUAAAAACAGCUAAGCCAUCCUUUUCAACAUGCUAAACAUAAUCACGCGAGGCAUCUGCACGUCGGCCACUGUUGCCGGGAAACACAACUUCCGCAAGUUCCUGCUCUACAACAAACGGGGAACGCGUAUUUUCAAAAAACUCCGGGCCGGCAACCCGGAACUGUAUCCGGAUAUGCCAAUCGAUAAGCGAGGCGUGCGGGAUACGGGAGUGACCCGCAACGGAAAGUACUACGAAAUUGCCGAGAAGAUCCCCGAGCUGAUAGUGCCCAGUCUGGAGGGAUGCAAGUUGCUGCCCUACGUCUCCUACCGAGCACCGGACGUAAUUCAAUCGGAAUUCACGAGCCAGGAUCUGUUCAAUGCUGUUUACGCCCAGAAGGUGAUUGAUGAUUUCAAAAGUGGCAAUCUGAAUGAGGAUGGAUCGCCGAAGGAGUGCUCGGAGGAAGAAAAGCUUAAUCCGGAUGAAGCUUGGAUAAAGGCUAGAAAAACGGGAUCGGACAUGUUUUAACAAAAGGGUGUAACAACUAUUUAGUAUGUUUAAUAAAUUUAUAUUAUAGAUCUUA